UUUUUGUUACAGGUUGUACAAUCCGGGGCGACUGCGGGCCUCAAGAGUCGCUGGCUGAUGACGUUGCGGACCGGAACAUCGUCACUACCGAGCGCCAUUUACGACUCAUUUGUUUAUUUAUGCUCUCCUCGAUAAAAAAAAAAAAAAAAAGAAAUCUAUCGUUAGCUUGUCGACGGAGCGAUUUCGAACCCAGGCCGUCUCGAAUGUCACCAAGUAUCUCUUGCUUUCACCAGAUAGAAACCACGCCAUGGGUCGCCUGGACGACGCCGCCAAGCGCAAAGUGGUGGAGCUGAGAAAAGCCGGCUUGAGUUUCCGCAAAAUCAAGGCCGUGCUGGAGUUGGAGAACAUCAAGGUGUCGGCGCAGGCCAUCUACCUGUUCCUCCGGGAGUUCCAAGGCAGGCGGCCGGGCAGGGUCAGGCCCCUGGAGGCCGGGGGCAACGCGACGCCGUCGCACGUACACAAUCUAGUCGGUGGGCUGCAGGAGAGCUGGAGCAGUAUACGUCUGCAACACUUGCUACGAGGCACGUCCCACCACGCCGGCUUCACCAAGGUCGCCAAGCAGGCUUCCGCGGAAGCAGACGGAAAUGCGAAAGCAUCCGGGUGUGGGGAAGUCAGCGCCGAGAGCCGGCCGGACCAGCAGCAGUGUGCGGACGAUAACGACGUCCAGAUUGUGAGCGUCACCUCUCUUGCGCAGAGUCAGCAAAGAGCGGAGACGAGUGCCACGUCUUCUCUGGGAACAGCGUCUGUGGCCUUCACCAAGAGGAGAGUGACCCCCUCCCCCGCCACCAGUUCCAUGCUGGCAGCCCGUAAACGGAUUCUGGAUAAAGCCUUGACACACAGGAUGAAGGUGGCGUCGUUGUUGAGGCGAGAUCACGCAAAUGUCCAAAGAUCCGAUGUAGCUGCAAUGUCACAACAACAACAGCAGCCACCAUCAUCUUCAUCAUCAUCAUCUUCAGCAGCAUCAACACAUUAUGAUCUGACCACAGAAAAGACUGGACUGGAAGAUGGUGGAGCCAACACAACCAGGCGGUUUGUCCCACAGAGACCCGGACUGUCCGUGCGCUCCCUCCACUCGCUACCUCGAGGUGGAAUCCGGCUUCCCAACCGUCCACCGGCUACUUUAGCAUCCUCGGCUCCCGGGGGCGCCGUCAUUCACAUGCAGAGCUCGGGCGGGCCGGGGCCGACCCGCGGCGAGCCGACCCAGAGCGGCGCGGCCAGGGGCGGUCUGCAGGAUCAGAUGCAGACGCUGGGGUGCGAGGUGCGCAGCCUGGGCCUGGCCGUGAAGAUGCUGGCGGAGCAGCAGAGCCGCUUGGAAAGGGAGCAGGUGCAGCAGACGCACAUCCAGAAGCAGAUCCUCAGCACUCUCCAGAGCCUCGCGUCCCGAGCGGGACCUUGCGGCAACGCUCGGCAAGCGCGGAACAAAACUCCGUCCCCUUCCUGUUUGCCCGCCGCCUCGUCCUCGUUCGGCCAAGACACCUUCGACUUCAGCCAAGUCGCCUUCAGCCAGUGCAGCCAAAACGAAGUAGCCUACAACCCGCUCGAGAGUCUGGAACCCGUCGAGGCCUUUAAACUCCCCGUCCUGAACCCCGAUGGCAUGAACGGCUUCCCGCCGUGUAGCGGCACCGAGAACCUCCCGCUCACUCACACCCCUCCGCAGACUCAGCAACCCUACGCGGGCGCAUACCCGCAGCAAAACUGUCAGACUCUCUUGGCGCCCUACGGCCAGCCUUACGUGCCUGCGUACGACCGCUCGCAUCCUCAGCCGUUCAGAGAGGCGGGAAGUAAGAUGACGGAUUUCGAGAGCAGCUGCUCCGGCAGGAAUGUUCAGGACUGCAGCAUGUCGACGCAGGAUCAAAACCUCAAUAUUAUCAAAGUGGAAGGACCCUAGACUUAUCGUAGCAUAUUUCAGCCUUUAUUAGAUUUUUUUUAACAACAUAUUUAUUUCCUAAGUACAGUGGCACCUCGACCGCCAAUUCGUUCAGGGAAAAAAAGUAAUCACAAAAGGAAUACAGGAAAUGGAAUCGGUCCAUUCCGGCAUCUCGAACUGUGGCCACUGUAAAACUGGAAAUAUUCUCAAUACCAUUUUUACAUUCUUAACUCGACAAGUGUAAGUUACUCUCUCUUGAUUUGGUUUUCACAGUCUUCACAAAAAGGCAUUUCUGUGCUAUUAUGAAUGCAGAUGAAAGCGGAGUACACACUUACUGAUUUUGAACAUCUUAACCGAUUUUUACAAUGGGAGAGAUCACAAAAGACAAGAAAAAAAAUUGUGCCGUGCGUACUGCUCUUAUAGUGUGUGGCGUACUCAAGAUGACUAACAUAGCACACCACGCACACAAAAGCUCCACCAAUAAUCGCGUGCCUCCUCCCUUAAACCAGAUGUCUGCUGUAGUACCAGCAAUGAACUAUGAGAGGCAGUAUUUUAGAACAAUACAAAGAAACGCAAAUCAAGGACGCUAGGCUAACUGUUAGCUCAUCUGUUAAUACAUUGCAGUUGCAAACCUUUAUUUGAUUUCAUUUUAUUUUUCUGAAUGAUGUUAACCCAAACAAAAAUUCACCUCGCCGUUUUCUCCUUUAUUUGUGUAUGCCAACAGCGCAAGAAUCAAGUGGCUUCCUGAUUGGCUUUCGUUCAGUUUUACAUUUUCAGCACCGAUUCGGUGUUGACCUCACCCAUAAGCAUUUGCCAUCGGAAAUGUUGAACAGGUUUAACUUUUUUUUUUAUUUUAAUUUUAAUUUUUUUUUUUUUUUUUAUAUCGGCCUCGAUUGUGAGGGAAAAAUCACUCUUGGCACAUCUUGUCAAAGUAUGAACCCUUCAGUAGACAAGUGACAAGACAAGCACUGUUGAGAAUAAUAAGACGUACGCUUUAAUACAAACUGGCAUGCUAGGAGACCCGAUGGCUCUAAGAAGUGUCUGCCCAUUUUUUCCCUAGCCAAGGUCAUAUAUAGACAUUAACGUGCAGUUAUCAUCUGCCUCGUGCAACUGCCCCCCAACCACUGACAUCUUGCCUUGUCACAGCAAAGUGAUAAUAAAAUAUAAGAGAGAGAAGGGGGGGGGGUCUACUUUCUUAUCCUCGCACUUACACAAAACAUUAUAUGAUGUUAUUAUUAACAGAAGACAUUUUAUAAGUGGAGAGAGAUAUAUUUUUUCAAAUGGUUACCUCAACACCGGGGGUUAGUCACUCAGGAUAAUCUUUUAAAAGCAUCCAGCAAUUGGGGCUUUGCUGACUUUAACGGAAAGGGAAGCAAAAUGCCUCAAUUUGGCCUGAUUAUGUGUGUAACCUACUUCCGCCAUAUUGUACUAAGUAGCCCCUACAUCUUAAUAAUGUUCCUUUUUCACUAAGCGUGCGUGUUGAUGGUAGUAUACAGUAUCUGUGUAGAUCUCAGUCAUCCAGGUCGUGGUCAUCGGCAAAGGUCGAAUAAAGGCGACAAACAACAACGGCCCAGUUACCUUGAUGCAAACGUUGCAGAGUUUAGUGAUAGCUUACCCAGUUGGUGUGCCUUACCUCUGGACGCUGCAGUAUGACACUCCACAGUCUCCGCUUUAAUGCAGCUGGCCCUUAGUGUCCUUACCGUGGAAAACAGCCACAUGCCAAGGUUUAAAGAUUGUUGGCGUUCCAAGCGAUGCGUUCACUGUGGCGUGUUUCCCCCCGUCACCCAAAUUUUCCGCUGUAAUGUUAAGCUUUGCAGUGGAAAGUUUACAGCUGCGUGGUCGUCUCCUCAUCCGCCCUCUGUUUGCCUUCCUUGGUACCCGUCUGUGCCAAAGAAAAAGCAAAACACGCAAGGCCUUUAGAGGUUCCACUGUACUGUAGAUGCCAAUCGCCAGAAGAAUGGAAACUGCAACAGAGUCAUGGUUUGAUGAAAAACUCUAUGUAGCAUAGACCGUUCUGGGGUCGUUUUUAAAAAUCUAUAUAACUAAAGCAAAAUAAAUGGUUUGGAUGAACGUGUAA